AUGCCGCUGUCGCGAACGCGGCCGUACUCGACGCCUUCGAAUGCCCCAGAAGCUGGCUCUUUCACGUAUCGUAUUGCUGCAGCUUCCUCGCCAAAGCGUGCACCUCCCAGACCUCCAAAACCUGGACAGGAUUACUGGAACUAUGCCUCAACCCACGAGAAUCCCUCACCACCCUAUCUGAGAUCCACGAAGAAAGAUUCCGGGGAAGAUGCCUUCUUCGCCACUACUAUCGGUGGGAGCCAGCAUCACGUAGCAUUUGGAGUGGCAGAUGGAGUCGGCGGAUGGCAGGAUCAAGGUGUAGACCCGUCAGAGUACAGCCAGGCCUUGUGCGGUCUGAUGGCUGGCACGGCAAAUAUCUAUGAAGACAUUGAAGGUGGUGCACCUUGCAAACCUCAACCGCUCCUCCAAACGGCCUACGAUGCAGUAAUGGCAAAUCCACGCAUCGCAGCUGGCGGGUGCACUGCCAGUCUCGGUGUUGCUGACAAGACAGGAAACAUUGAGACGGCGAACCUUGGAGAUUCUGGUUAUCUGAUCUUCGCUCCUGGAAAAGUAGCCCAUCGAUCAGUGAGCCAGACUCACGCUUUCAAUACACCCUACCAGAUGUCAAAGGUCCCAUCAAAGAUGCAAGCUCAAUAUGCCAUUUUUGGGGGCGCUACGUACUUCAGCGAAACUCCUGAAGAUGCUGAUGUCUCCCAUCACCAAUUAAAGCAUGGCGACAUCGUGCUCUUUGCCACAGAUGGUGUUUGGGACAAUCUAUCCGCACAAGAUACUCUGCGAAUCGUACAACGGAUCAUGGAGGAAGGCGGCUACUGGUCUCAAUCUCAUGAUUCUCCUGGAGCUGAAACCAAAGUCAAUGGCACGCUCAUUCGCGCAAUGCCACGGAAAAUCGAGGGAAGCAUUGAAGAGUCUUUCCUGCCCGGCCAAAUAGCAUCGGCUGUGAUGCGAGAAGCCAAAAUUGCGGGACUGGAUCGACGACGUGAUGGACCCUUUGCAAAAGAAGUGAAGCAACACUACCCGCAAGAGGGAUGGGAGGGUGGCAAACCCGAUGACAUUGCCGUCGUUGUUUGCAUUGCUGUCCAUGAGGACGGCAGCUUUAUGAAUGAAGAACGACCAAUCAAGGCGAAACUUUGAUCUGGCGUCACAAAAUCAAUACAGCUUUCGAGUCACCCUGGGUGAAGCACCGAAUGGGAGUGGGCGAAGACCAUUGCGAUCACCUGUCGAAGGUCGCGACCUGUGGACAAAUAAUCACCUGCAGGUUGCAGAAUCAACGGCAUUAGGUACAAUUGCCACAGAUGAUGGCAACUGUGAUCUACGAAGCAAGAUCUCGAGAAUUGACACAGCUUCUUCAGUCACACAGGAUGCAGUACCAAUGGAUUGGCCUUGCAUUAUGCAUGUUGUCGAACACUCUAUUCCCAACCAGCUGGUCCGGUGUGGUGCCAAGUUAAAUAUACGAUGCCAAAGGCAUGGAUCCCAUGAAGGCGACCAAGCGCUGUCAAUCUAUAUCGACCGCUUUCGAACGAGUAUGCUCACAAGGAUCUGUGGCUUACAGGACUCGAGUUGUCGGUGUAACGUCUGUCCAAAGACCACUUCCGCAACGGACAUGGCAGAUAAUGAAUGGAGAUGCGGGCCCAAGCGGGGCCAUGAUCGACGUUAGCGAGCAGUCAUGUGGCCACCACCGCAUUUAUCAAGGUAGUGGGAAAUGAUAUGAAACAUGUCGUGGUGCCGUGGAAUACUCGCCGUCCCGAAAUUCCGUUGUGAUCUACGGUCUCGUUGGAGAGCACGCCUCAUACUUUUAGCGACCAUUUCCGCAUGCG